AAUAGCCCCUGCGCAGACCCGGCUGUCAACUGUAGUGGCCUGUCAAAGCCAAGCUUUUUCCUCAGUGGCCUGAUUUUUCACCCACAGUUAGCCACCAGGGGGCCGCCUAUUUGGAACAAACGGUGCAGACUCCACAGCUUUCCUCCAAAGCAACCAAAACAUCCCGGGGCAGCACUGGAGCAGAGCCCAGGAACUUCCCUGCAAGGGAGAACAACUUCUAUCCAGCUACAAAACCUGCAAAGCCUAUGGUAUAUAGCCUUAUCACGAGUGAAAAAUAAACUACAGCAAGGAUUUAUCGCCAAGAACCGAGGGGAUUUAAGGUCCGUGGAUUCUGACGGGGAGGCCCCUCCCUCUCGCCAGGGAGCCUUGGCGUCUGCGACUUUCUCUCUGGAAGCACCUGAAACACCGUGCGUCCAGGCGCAGGCAACAGUUCCCGAAUUUCUGGACAGUUGUGGCUGUUAAGGCUGCUAGCCAGAGUGGUGGCUCCUCGCCCUCUUCCGUGGGAUGCUCACAAGAAGCUGGAAUUAAAUCCCACGUCACCGGCUGGAAAUCUGGAAAGCUCUGCAAUAAAUCAUCUAUACGUUGUUCAGACAGUUGAGGAUACAGACCGUCAUAGCUCUAUCCCAUUGUUGUACGAAUAAACGUAUAUUCAAUAUAUACGUUUAUUCAGUAAUGAAGUAGGGAUUGUUUUUAAUAUAAGAAAAUAAUUGUACCCUGUCGUCAGAAUAGUUUUGCUGCAAGUAUACCUUCGUACCGACUGCAUUUUAGCAUUUUGGGCACUCCGUAUUUUUACAAGCAUUCUUCAAGCCCAGAAUGCAGCUGCCCGCUUCAUUUUCUCCUAACCUGAACCCUGGGCUUUCAACACUUGAGGUGGAGGAUGGGGGGCAGUUCAGAAAUUCUUACUUGCCUGGGGCAGAACUCUGCAAGAGUAUACAUUAUUUUUGUCUUCCGGGUUUUAUUUGUACAUACGCAGGGCCAAGGCAAAUUAAUAGGGCAGCCCUUCUGGAACCUGUGGAGUGUCUCAACUCUGCACACAUCUCCCAGGAUAUGCAUAAUUAUGCGAAGGGGUGUCUCCCUCAAAAGCAGGCCAGGACGUGGAAGAGUUGACGCAGAAAAGGAAUUUGAAACGGAGUUUCAGACUGCAUCUUAUUAUUUGCACAGAAGAGUUGAAAAGGAAGUUCUGAUGAGAUCUGCGGUUUUCCUCCCAUUGGCCGGCCUGUGUGGGUGCCAAGUUCCGCAUGUGAUUUAAUGGAUCAGAAGGAGGUGUCAGUGAAAAAAAAGGUCCAGAAUGAUUACUAACCUAUGACUCCCAACAGUAUGACAGAAAAUGGCCUUCCAGCCUGGGACAAACCAAAGCACUGUCCAGACCGAGAACACGACUGGAAGCUAGUAGGAAUGUCUGAAGCCUGCCUACAUAGGAAGAGCCAUGCGGAGAGGCGCAGCGCAUUGAAAAAUGAACAGACAUCACCACCUCUCAUCCAGGCCACUUGGACUAGCUCAAUAUUCCAUCUGGAUCAUGAUGAUGUGAAUGAUCAGAGUGUCCCAAGUGCCCAGACCUUCCAAACAGAAGAGAAGAAAUGUAAAGGGUACAUCCCCAGUUACUUAGACAAGGACGAGCUAUGUGUAGUGUGUGGUGACAAAGCCACGGGGUAUCACUACCGCUGCAUCACGUGUGAAGGCUGCAAGGGUUUCUUUAGGAGAACCAUUCAGAAAAAUCUCCAUCCAUCCUAUUCCUGUAAAUAUGAAGGAAAAUGUGUCAUAGACAAAGUUACACGAAAUCAGUGCCAGGAAUGUCGCUUUAAAAAAUGCAUCUAUGUUGGCAUGGCAACAGAUUUGGUACUGGAUGACAGCAAGAGGCUGGCGAAGAGGAAACUGAUUGAGGAGAACCGGGAGAAGAGACGACGGGAAGAGCUGCAGAAAUCCAUCGGGCACAAGCCAGAGCCCACAGACGAGGAGUGGGAGCUCAUCAAAACUGUCACGGAAGCCCACGUGGCCACCAAUGCCCAAGGCAGCCACUGGAAGCAGAAACGGAAAUUCCUGCCAGAAGAUAUUGGACAAGCACCAAUAGUAAAUGCCCCAGAAGGUGGAAAGGUUGACUUGGAAGCCUUCAGCCAUUUUACAAAAAUCAUCACACCAGCAAUUACCAGAGUGGUGGAUUUUGCCAAAAAGUUGCCUAUGUUUUGUGAGCUGCCAUGUGAAGACCAGAUAAUCCUCCUCAAAGGCUGCUGCAUGGAGAUCAUGUCCCUUCGCGCUGCUGUGCGCUAUGACCCAGAAAGUGAGACUUUAACCUUGAAUGGGGAAAUGGCAGUGACGCGGGGCCAGCUGAAGAAUGGGGGUCUUGGGGUGGUGUCGGACGCCAUCUUUGACCUGGGCAUGUCACUGUCUUCUUUCAACCUGGAUGACACAGAAGUAGCUCUCCUUCAGGCUGUCCUCCUGAUGUCUUCAGACCGCCCAGGGCUCGCCUGUGUUGAAAGAAUAGAAAAAUACCAAGAUAGUUUCCUGCUGGCCUUUGAACACUAUAUCAAUUACCGAAAACAUCAUGUGACACACUUUUGGCCAAAGCUCCUGAUGAAGGUGACAGACCUGAGGAUGAUUGGAGCCUGCCAUGCCAGCCGCUUCCUGCACAUGAAGGUGGAAUGCCCCACGGAACUCUUUCCCCCAUUGUUCUUGGAAGUGUUCGAGGAUUAGACUGACUGACUUCAUUCUCAUAAUUCCUACAGCACUACUGGGUGUCAUUUCAUUCCAUUGCCUAGCUCUUUUUUGUUUGUUCCUUUGUUUCUUUGUGUUGGGAGAGACUGGGGGUAAAGGGAGGUAGUCCUUAGCAUAGACAUGGAUGAAAUUGCCCCUUGAAUGCGGGUACUUGUAACUAUUGCAUUUUGUUCUCCAGUCCUUUGAUGUGAAUGCUUUGAAGGUUUUACAGUUGUGGAGGUGGGGUGGGGACAAUCAUUAAUUCACCAGCACCAAGCCAUCACCAGCUCCCAUCUGUCCCUGGUCAGAGACUCAAGCAAGCAAAAUGGCGUGGCAGAAGACUAAUGAAGCCUUAAAACCAAGAUAAUAUGGUCAUCUUGAUCCAGCCCUGAUUUUUGCAGGGCUCAAAUUAGCACGGCACAGACCAACUUUGGUUAGAUGUGGCUUUCAGCUUUCUAGGGAAAGAUCUGAACUUAUUUUUAUCUAUUCAAGAGCACGCUGUUUUCCUCACCCUUCAUUCUCUCCUGGCAGCAUAACCUGGAAUGUAUAGGAAUAUUUGUUCCUGAAAAAUCAGCUGUCCUUUCACUAUAAUUUUUAUAAUCCUAUGAUUUAAUUCAAGUUAUACAAGGGUGUGACUCAAAGAUAUGCAGGUAUUUGACUGACUGAGGCCAACAAGGGAAAUGAUUUUCCUCAGUGAGCCCAAAGAAAUUAGAAAACUUUACUUAACUAAUGUCAGUGACUCAACAGUUUCCAAAAAUUCACAUAGUCUUACCUCAUAGUAAGGAAGGCUUCUUUACAGUUUAGGCUCAGAGAAAAUUUCCACAGAAAUCAAACCUAUUUACAGAGUGUUGUCACUUUUCAAUGACAUCUGAUCUGUCAUCUCCCAAACUCCUGAAGUUAUUUAAUCCUGAUUGCAUCUUUGCUGAGCUGACAACAGAUUUCCCUACGUAUUAAAUCUUCUAAUCAAGGAGAGAUAACAAGCUGAAUUUUGAGCCUUGUUCUGGAGGAAUUCUGAGGCAAGAUUAGUGUCGUACAUUCUGAGUUGAAGGAAGUGCAGUGUUCUGAGAGUCUCUUCAUGUACUGAUGGUUCCUUUUGGUCUUAGAUCCUCAAGCUCUUUGCUCUACACACAAAUGUUUCCAAGUCCCCUUUUCCCUCUCUCAGGCUUGACUAUCACUGAUCAAAGCCUGGUCUGGACACCGACCCACUCUGCCUCUCUUACAGCAUUGCCCUGACAGAUAUCUCAUAGAAAAUACCUGCAGCCCACAUACACGAACCUCACUCACCUUCCCUACCUAGCCCUCCUCCCUGAUGACAAAUGCUGGAGUAGGUUGUGCCCAGAAAACCCAUGGUGAUCCCUGAUCAUUUCAACUUCAAAAAAUGGGCAAAGAAUGUACCCAGGCAACUGAAUGUAUCUUGUUCUUCACUCGCAUAGUAGACACAAACUAUUCCUUCACCUGCCUUGAACUGCCUUAUCCUGGAAAUAUUGGGGAAAAUAAGCCAUAUCAGUGAGAUUUACCUAAAAAAACAAAGGAAUGCAAGUCACUGUGAAAACCAAGUGGACUAAUUCUUUUUUAACUUGCCCAGAAGUCAGGACACCUGAGUUCUAGUUUGUGCUCUGUCAAACUGGUGGUUUUGUAACCUUGGGUCUUGGUUUUCUCAGCUGAGAGAAAGUCAUGAACUUUAAAAUCCUUCCCAUCCUUACUAGUGUACUGAUUUCUGGGGGGAAAAAUCUAUUCCUUUUUGAUGGUUUCUUUCAUAAUUCAAAUUUUUAGCUUUAUUAGAAAUUAUGGCCCUUUAACAGUUAGGGAAUGCAUAUUUGGUAUUGAGUCAAAAUACAAAUUUGACAUACUACUCAUCAAGUAUGUAGAGAAAAGCCGGAUGGCCUUGGAAAAAGGAGAGGAGCAGCACUGAAAAACCUUAGUGUGACUGGGAAUAAUCUGGAAGGAAAAAUAUAUGUUUAAUGUGUGAAAGCUACUGGCUUCCCAGGAAGAGGAAACAAGACUAUCACUAUGGAACUAGCUAAGCAAAGAAAGGAAGUAGGGGAGGAUAAAGUUUGUCUUUAUCUACAGACUGUUUUGUUUUGUUUUGUUUUGUUUUGUUUUGUUUUCUCUAAGCCAGUCGCUAGCCAGUCUCCCGAAGCCCUUGCUUUGUUAGCAAUUCAGCUCCCUCUGUUGACUCUCCUUGGAGAAGUACUCUUUGAAACACUGCUGAAUCACCUUCUAUGCUCCAGGGUAACUCUGAGAAGCUCUGUGGUGAGGGGCAAGUUUUCUCUCAGAAGGGAAUGGGAGGAAGGCAAAUAGGAAGGGUACUGGAGGGUUCACAGACCCCUUGGGCAUCAAGCCCUCUGGGGACAGCUUCCUCAAUUUGUUUGACAGAGAUUCUGAAGUAUAUGAGAUACACCCAGACUCAAAUACAAGUACAGAGCCAGAUCUAAGGCUAAAUCUGAAUGCUUUGGGGAUUAACCAUGGCUGGGCGUUGGCCAAAUGGGACAGUGUAUCUACAGUAAUCCAGCUAGCUCCAAGUAAAUUUAUGUUUGAUCCUCAGUUCCUAAAAUGAUUGCCUUAAAAAGGCAAACUACUGAUCUGAAACUCUUGUUGAAGGCUGAAUACUUUGUGUUGAGCAGGACGCUCCUUAAAGUACUUCAGUUUGUAGGGAAAGGCUGUAAGGACUCUAAGGAUCAUGACCCUGGGGUCAAAAUGAUUCAUUUCUUCUGUAACUGGUUGAGGUACUUAGUGCAUCUCAAGACUCCAUCUCAUAAAACUCAAUCAGGAGGGAUUUACUCUGGAUUUUUUUUUAAACAUUUUUUCUUAUAUUGUCCGGGCUUUCAAAUCAAGUGUGAACCUGAUUGAAACCCCUCACGGAGGGGAGACAUCCCAGUGAAGGAGAACACAUCUGUAUAACUGGGAUUCUUAUUUAUGAAUCAUUUAAUUUCGGGGGGAUGAGUGGUGUGGGGUGUGUGUGUGGGUGGGUGGUCGUGUGUGUGUGUUUGUAAUCCUCAAGUGUACUUUACUCUUCAAUUUAGAUGUGCAGUAUUUCCAGAAAUAGUGAAAAAAAAAAAAAUAAGAUCUUUUCUUCUUUAUGAUUCUGCUGAACACACUACGUGCUGCCUCAGAGCUUUUUCUAGUCAAAUGAGCCUCGGUCCUCAAUGACGUGCUUGCCGUGUUGAUGCCUCAGCCCAGUGAUACCCCCCUUCACCCGUGCCCUACACGACACCUCUUCCGUUGGCAGUGCGGUCGUCAGUCAUCGGAGUGGACCGCCAGGCUCGGCUCUGCUCCAGCAACGCCAUUCUCAAUUGCUCUUCUGUGGACAGGUGCCUAAGUCUUGGCCCCUCCACCACACUAAGCCCCCAACAGACUCAGCCUCCAUGGAACUGCUGAGCACCCUCAAAGCAUGUCAUUGUCAGUGAUACACUUUUCUUCUAUGGAACUCUAACCUAUUCGUGUCAUAUCGACCUUCUGAUGCAUGAGUCAUAAAUUAUGAAAUCGGUCUUAUGGUUUUUGAAAUGUAGCCAGCGUUUGUAAGGCUAAACCUUUUUCAC